AGAGCUCCCAUUGUGUGUGUGGGGAGAGAGCGGCAGUGAGAGCGAGAGACCUCGAGAGAGACACAGAGACCUCGACGCACACACAGAGACACACACACACACAGAGACACACACACACAGAGACAGAGACACACAGACCUCGACACAUACACAGAGACACACAGAGACACACACACAGAGAGAGACAGAGACCUAGACAUACACAGAGAGAGAGAGACCUAGACACACACACACAGAGAGAGAGACCUAGACACACACAGAGAUCGAGAGAGAUAUCGAGAUACAGAGAGAGAGAGAUCCCAUUCUGUGCGGAUAGAGAGCGCAGAGAUCAAUAGAUCUAGAUAGAUACAUCUAGACACAGAUACACAGAGAGACACACACAGAGACACGCACGGACACACAGAGACACACAGAGACACACAGAGAGACACACACAGACACACACACGGAGACACACACGGACACAGAGACACACAGAGAGACACACACAGACACACACACGGAGACACACACGGACACACACAGAGACACACAGACACAGAGACACACACAGAGAGACACAGAGAGAGAGGUUUAGACAGAGAGCGAGAGAGAGAGGCUGAGAUUGGGCCGUGCAUCACAAUGGAGACUACGACUACAGACGUGACGCCCGUGAAAACACGGUGUGCCGAGUGCUGUGUGCGCUGUCUGGGGGGGGUCCCGUACGCCUCUCUGGUGGCCACGCUGCUCUGCUUUGCCGGCGUGGCGCUGUUCUGUGGCUGCGGCCACGAGGCGCUGGGCAACGCGCUGGCGCUGCUGGACGACCACUUCCAGUACCCGCACCACGACAGCCUGCUGCUCUUCCAAGUGGUGGACGUGGUGCGCUUCUGCAUGUACGGCACGGUGGCGGCGUUCCUGCUGUUGGGCAUCCUGCUGUUCACCGAGGGCUUCUUCACGACGGGCGCCGUGCAGGGACGACACGGGGACUUCAAGACGACCGCCUGCGGGCGCUGCAUCAGCGCCAUGUUUAUAGGACUCACCUACCUGCUCACGCUGCUCUGGCUGGGAGUGCUGGGGCUCGCUGCGCUGCCCGUCUUCCUCACCCUCAACAUCCGCGCGUCGUGCCAUGCGGCGCUCACCACCUCCACCACCUCCACCACCUCCACCACCGCAGCAGCAGCAGCAGGGUCAAGCUCACCCACGGUGUGCGUUGACCUGCGCCAGUACGGAAUCCUACCAUGGAACCACUCGACGGCCGUUCUGUGCGACCGAGCCCUGGAAAACAUGUGCAACACGCAGGAGUUCAUCCUCGCCCACCACCUCUUCAUCGUGGCCUACGCUGGGGCUGCCGCCACCGUCAUCGCCAUGAUCCACUACCUCAUGGUGCUCACGGCCAACUGGGGCUACGUGAAGACCUUCGCCGCGUCCGCCUCCUCCCCGGGGCCAGCGGCUGCCUCCUGCGGUGGUGGCGGUGGUGCCCAGCAGGCGCCGCUGGGGGCGGGAGACGCGGAGAUGGGAGACCUGCACAACGGCAAGGGGCUCGCAGCCACAUCCCAAGACCCCUGAGACCCCCUGGGACCCCCUCAAGGGGGUCGCCUCCCAAGACCCCUGGAACCCCCUGGAACCCCCUGGAACCCCCACAAGGGGGUCACUUCCCAAGACCCCCUGAGACCCCCUCGCACCCCCACAAGGGGUCGCCUCGACCCCCGCAAGACCCCCCUGAGCCACUCGCCACGACCUCCGACCCACGAACCCCUGAAAUCCCUGAGUGCUUGAGCCCCGCCCCCUGUGACCUGUGACCCUGUGACCUGUGACCCUGCGAAGGGUGCACCUCCUGGUAGCUUGACAGCGUGACCCAUGACCCCUUCAACCCAGCCCUGACCCCCCUGAACCUUGACCCCCAACCUCUAACCUCCCAUCAGUGUCCGUGACCUCUUACCUCCGUGACCCUGGCUACCCCCGUGAGCUGUGACCCCUGUGCUGUUGCUCAAUAAGUGGUGACCUUUAACCCCUGAUCCUUCUGACCCUCAGUGACCUUUCCUGUUCACUCCAGCUGUAUCACCAUCCCCAUCACACCAUCAUGCCAUCGCGAUCACACCAUCGCCAUCACACCAUCACACCAUCACCAUCACACCAUCACCAUCACACCAUCCCCAUCACACCAUCACACCAUCGCCAUCGCCAUCACACCAUCGCCAUCACACCAUCGCCAUCACACCAUCGCCAUCACACCAUCGCCAUCACACCAUCGCCAUCACACCAUCCCCAUCACACCAUCGCCAUCGCCAUCACACCAUCGCCAUCACACCAUCGCCAUCACACCAUCGCCAUCACACCAUCGCCAUCACACCAUCCCCAUCACACCAUCCCCAUCGCCAUCACACCAUCGCCAUCACACCAUCGCCAUCACACCAUCACACCAUCGCCAUCACACCAUCACCAUCACACCAUCACCAUCACACCAUCACACCAUCACACCAUCGCCAUCACACCAUCACACCAUCCCCAUCACACCAUCACCAUCACACCAUCACCAUCACACCAUCCCCAUCACACCAUCCCCUUUUACACCAUCAGCUGUUUUGACUGCACCCACGGACGCUGCAUCGAUAUUCGUUGUUGUCGCUGUCGAGGUUGAGUAGCCGUGGUUUUUAAACAGAGUCGUGAUAGUUUACGGAAUGCGUCAGAGUGCUAUUAACGCCGUCUUGUAUUUUUUCAUAGUACCCCGAGUCCUUCCCUUGUGAUGACGCUUCGACGAGCAUGACAGCGAGUCCUCGCUCAGCGCGCCGAUACCACCAGUGGUACCAGAUAGUUUAACUUUGUUGGGCUAGAUCUAGAUGUUGCGUCGACACAGACAAUUAGUCGAUUAGCCGAGGGUUUCGAUGUAAAGCUUCUUUCGUGACUGCAGGGAUUCAUCUUCUUGGUUCUUUCGGUAAAGUAAUCACGUAGAAGGGAAGUAAUAAAACAAUAAAAAUAAAACAUAAUACAAUUCUCACGACGUUUCGGCCACAACGCAAGCAGCCGUCCUCAGGUGAAGAACAGGGCUGUCCUCUUGAUAUGCAAAUUCCUUUGUCAAGGCGCUCUUCCCCCUCCAACCCAGCUUAAAUAUACGCUACCAAGCUUGGUGGUGUUCAUUCAGACUCUGUCUUUCUGACAGACCUGUUCUUCUGAACACCACCAAGCUUGGCAGCGUAUAUUUAAGUAUAAAUUUAAGUAUAUACGCUGCAAAGCUUGGUGGUGCUCAUUCAGACGCUGUCUUUCCGACAGACCUGUUCUUCUGAACACCACCAAGCUUGGCAGCGUAUAUUUAAGUAUAUAUUUAAGUAUAUAUUUAAGUAUAUACGCUGCCAAGCUUGGUGGUGCUCAUUCAGACGCUGUCUUUCCGACAGACCUGUUCUUCUGAACACCACCGGGCUUGGCAGCGUAUAUUUAAGUUUAUAUUUAAGUAUAUACGCUACCAAGCUUGGUGGUGCUCAUUCAGACACUGUCUUUCCGACAGACCUGUUCUCCACCUGAGGACGGCUGCUUGCGUUGUGGCUGAAACGUCGUGAGAAUUGUAUUUUAUUAUGUUUUAUUUUUAUUAUUUCCCUUCUACGUGACGACUUUACCGAAAGAACCAAGAAGAGUCAAAGGGUUUAUCACGCAAACAACAAACAAGGUGCCAAUGAGUUGCUAGUUCAGCACUCGCCGGUCGGUGUGUGUUGGAGAGUCAACCCACCACCACCACGACCACAUUCACACAUUCGAGUAGCCGUGACGUUUCGACGGUCAUCACAACAACAACAACUGAUAAUCACAACAACAGCCGGUAAUUACAACAACCGGUCAUCACAACAACCGCCAGUGUCAUCAUCAGACGACGGGAUUCACGUGAUGUCGUCACGUGUGACGGGAUACACGUGAUGACGUCACGUGUGACGUGAUAGACGUGACGUCAUCACUAGUGACGUGAUAGACGUGACGUCAUCACUAGUGACGGGAUACACGUGAUGACGUCACUAGUGACGUGAUACACGUGAUGUCGUCACUAGUGACGGGAUACACGUGAUGUCGUCACUUGCAAUGACGUCACCGGUGACGUGAUACACGUGACGUCAUCACGAGUGAGACGAUCAUGUGAUGUCGUCACGUGUGACACGAUCACGUGGGAAGAAAUAUAAAUGACAAUGGAUCUCUACUAUCGGUUGGGUUGAUAAUUGGUGUUUUACCCUUCUAUCUGGCAACCAAACUGACACCUUUUUACAAGGAGUCAUGUUUACAUAGACCACAAUACCUGCAGUCAUAAUACAAACAAAAAACAAAACUCUGAUAAUGUAUGCACUGUCCUUGAAGUUGAUUGGUCCACACCCGAGACAGCUUUUCUUAGAGCCUAGUCUCACAUGGUGUUGGACCAGAUGACGCCAAAAGGCGCACAACUCAAAGACAAUGCACCAUCAGAGUAUGAGAGCUCGGGGUGAAGCAUUUACACCAUUGGAACCUCCUUUGCCAGUAGCAAAUAAUAAUUGUUUUUUUACCCUUUCAUCUGGCAACAAAACUGACACCUUAUUUACGAGGAGUCAUGUUUGCAUUGACCACAACACCUGCAGUCAUAAUGCAAACAAAAACACACAACUCUGAUAACGUGCACUGUCCUUGAAGUUGAUUGGUCCACACCCGAGACAGCUUUCCUUAGAGCCUAGUCUCACGUGGCUUGGACCAGAUGAUAGAAGAGUAAAAAACAAUUCAUAUUUUUUACUGGCAAAUGAGGUUCCAAUGGUGUAUUGGUUGGGUUAUUCACGGCUAACAAGCGUACAUGGUGUACAUUAUGUAGCUGCUACAUUAUGUUACUCUCAGAGUACUACAUUGAACUUCUUCUGUACCGUACGUAGCCCACCGUGAUAAUGCCUCGUCCGCGUAUCACUCCGUAUCGCUCCGUAUCGCUCCGUAUCGCUCCGUAUCGCUCCGUAUCGCACCGCGUGCCGUAGCACUGCUCCGAACCCGCGCAGCUCACGGAAAGUAGUUCCUAAAGUAGUGCGCUCAGGAACCGCGUUAUCACGGUGGACACACUUCGCGUUAUAACAACGCCCCCGUUCCGCGUUAGAACAGCGUUAGUGUCGUUAGAAUGGCGUUAGAAUGGCGUUAGAGUGUUGUUAGAGAGUUGCUAAAGUGUUGUUAAAGUGUUGUUAGAGUGUUGUUCAAGCGGCGUUAGAACGGCGUUAGAGCAUUGUUAGAACGGCGUUAGUGUCGUUAGAACGGCGUUAGAGUGUUGUUAGAGCGGCGUUGGAACGGCGUUGUUCAAGCGGCGUUAAAACGGCGUAAGAGUGUCAUUAGAACGGCGUUAGAGUGUUGUUAGAGUGUUGUUAGAGUGUUGUUCAAGCGGCGUUGGAACGGCGUUAGGGUAUUGCUAGAACGGCGUUAGAGUGUCGUUAGAACGGCGUUAGAGUGUCGUUAGAGUGUUGUUAGAGUGUUGUUCAAGCGGCGUUGGAACGGCGUUAGGGCAUUGCUAGAACGGCGUUAGAGUGUCGUUAGAACGGCAUUAGAGUGUCGUUAGAGUGUUGUUAGAGUGUUGUUCAAGCGGCGGUGGAACGGCGUUAGGGCAUUGUUAGAACGGCGUUAGGGCAUUGCUAGAACGGCGUUAGAACGGCGUUAGAACGGCGUUGGAGCGUCCUGUGAUGUUUGUUGCGCUGAGCGAGGACUCUUGCCGUGUGACGGUGACUCGGAGCGAUGAUUGUUGUCGUCGUCGUCGUCGUGAAGACCACGAGGCGUGGCGAACGUGAUGUGUGUCACACUCGAUGAGAAAACAUUCCAGCCAUUUAAAAAAUAAACAUUGUACGCUA